AUGCGCAUCGAGGAACUCAUCAUCGACGGCUUCAAGUCGUACCCCGUGCGAACGCACGUGUCCGGCUUCGAUGCGUCCUUCAACGCCAUCACCGGUCUCAACGGUUCUGGCAAAUCCAACAUUCUCGAUUCCAUCUGCUUCGUGCUCGGCAUCACCAACCUCACUGCUGUCCGAGCAAACAACCUACAGGAUCUCAUCUACAAGCGAGGCCAGGCAGGUAUCACCAAAGCCUCGGUCACCAUCGUGUUCGACAACACGGAUCGCGCCAAGUCUCCCGUCUCGUUUGAGAAUUGCCCUCAAAUCACCGUCACACGUCAGAUCGCCAUGGGCGGUCUAAGCAAGUACCUCAUCAACGGCCACAAGGCCACCCAGCAGGCGGUGCAAAACAUGUUCCAGAGCGUGCAGCUCAACAUCAACAACCCCAACUUCCUCAUCAUGCAGGGAAAGAUCACAAAGGUGCUCAACAUGAAGCCAGCAGAGAUCCUCUCCAUGAUCGAAGAAGCGGCAGGUACGCGCAUGUUCGAGGACCGCAAGGACAAGGCCAUCAAGACCAUGUCCAAGAAGGACCAAAAGGUCAAGGAGAUCACCGCCUUGCUCGAGGAAGAGAUCACACCCAAGCUCGACAAGCUCAGAGAGGAGAAGCGUUCCUUCCUCGAAUAUCAGAAGGCCAGCACAGAACUCGACCGCCUCACGCGUCUGGCGAAAGCGUACGAAUGGCAGCAGUGCUGCGCCAAGUACGAGGAGAGGAAGGCGCUCGUCGACCAGAAAUCGCAGGACGUGCAGGAACGCGAAGACGAGGCGAAGGCGCUCAAGCGACAGAUCGAGAGCAUCGAAAAGGAGCUCGCCCAGAUCGAAAAGAAGAAGGAGGCCGAGAUGACCAAGGGCGGCAAGCUCCAGGCGCUCGUCAACAAGAGCAAGGAGCUCCAGCACGAUCUCGUAAAGCGCAAAACCAACGUUGAUCUCAAGAUGGGCUCGGUCGAAGAGGAGCGCAAGAAGCUCCAGGCAGACCAGGCUUCGCUCGAGGCGUUGCACCAGACGCUUAGCGAGAAGGAGGAGCAGCUCGUCGAGCUCUCUGGCUCCUUCUCCGAGCUCAAGGCCGACUACGACGGCGCCGUCGCCGAUGUCAACAAACAGGACGAGCUUCUGCAGACCUUGCUCACCGGCAUGGCGUCGUCCUCCAAGUCGAAGGGAGGCGAAAGCUCGGCGGGCGGCUACAUGGGUCAAAUCGCCUCAGCCCGUGCCGAAGAGACGGCCGCGAGCACCGAGAUCGAGCAGUCCAAGCUGCGCAUCGGACAUCUCGAAAAGGAAGUCAAGCAAAAGGAACCGCUCGCCAAGAAAGCGCAGAAGGACGCGGCCGGACUCAUGGGCGAGCUCGAGUCGUCACGCGGCGCUGUGGAGCAGCUCGAAGCGCACAUGCAGAAGCUCGGCUGGGACGACGAAAAGGAAAAGUCACUGCUCCAGUCCAAGGCCGAAUGGAGCCGACGUGUCGCGGACCUUGUCGAACGCAAAGAGGCGCUCAAGUCCAAGCUGGCCGGGAUGGACUUCCAAUACUCGGAUCCCGAGCCCAACUUUGAUCGAUCGCGCGUCAAGGGUUUGGUGGCAUCGCUCAUCCAGCUCGAUCAGGACAAGCACAAAUACUCGACGGCGCUCGAGAUCUGCGCUGGUGGCCGACUCUACAACGUCGUCGUCGAAGACGAAAAGGUGGGCUCCAAGCUGCUCGCCAAUGGUCAGCUCAAGAAGCGUGUCACCUUGAUCCCGCUCAACAAGAUCAACGCCUUUGUCGCCGCUGCAGAGAAGGUGGGUGCGGCGCAGAAGCUCGCACCUGGUAAGGUGGAUCUGGCGCUGACGCUGGUGGGCUACGAUGACGACGUGAGUCGCGCCAUGGAGUACGUGUUCGGCAACACGCUGAUCUGCGCCGACGCAGCCACAGCGAAGCGGGUGACGUUUGACAAUGCGGUGCGCAUGAAGUCGGUGACGCUCGAUGGCGAUGUCUACGAUCCUGCAGGUACGCUUUCGGGAGGAUCCAAGCCCAACUCGGGCAACGUGCUGAUCAAGAUGCAGGACCUCAUCAAGAUCGACCGGGCGCUCAAGGACGCCAAGAUCGAGCUCGGCAAGGUGGAGUUCGAGAUCCAGUCCUCGAAAGCACAGAUGGCGUCGUUCUCCAAGGCUAAGCGCGACCUCGACCUGAAGCGUCAUCAGGUGACUCUGCUCGAGUCGCAGAUCAGCGGCUCGAACGCAACGCGCAUCAUUGGUGAGGUCGAGAAGGCGAAAGCAUCGAUCGCCGAGCUCAAGGAAGCCAUCAACGCAGCCAAGCAGCGCCAGCAAGACGCGGGCAAGGAAGCCAAGCGACUCGAAAAGGAGAUGGAGGAGUUCGACAAGAACAAGGACUCGAAGCUGGACCAGCUCAAAGCCGAGAUCAAACGCAAGAAGGCCGAGGUGCAGAAGCGUAGCGUAGACAUCAAGGCACGUCAGGGUGAGGUGCGUACGUUGGAGCUGGAGCUGGAGCAGACGCGUGUCGAGAUCACGGCGUGCGAGAAGACGAUCAAGGAGGGCGAACGCGCGAUCAAGAAGGUGGAAGCCGAACUCGGCGAUAUGCAGGCCAAGCUGGAGGAGCUGCAGGCGGAUGUGGACAAGGUGGAGUCCAAGUUGGUCGAGGAGCGUGCUACGCUAUCGGGCUACGACGACGAUCUGGCUGCGCUGCGCAAUGCUCUCAAGUCGAAGAAGCAGGAGAUCGCGGACGGUGCGCUUGCGAUCAAGCAGCUGACGCACGACCGCGAGAAGCUCACGGGCGAUGUUGCGGGCUACGAGAAGCAGAUCCAGCAGCUCGAAAACCAGUUCGAAUGGAUCCAGAGCGAACAGCGCUUCUUCGGUCAAGCCGGAACCGUGUACGAUUUCGGCAAGCACAACAUGAGCGAGGUACGCAAACGCUGCAAGAAGCUCGAGGAGACGCAGCAAGGGAUGCGCAAGAAGGUGAACCCCAAGGUGCUCUCGAUGAUCGAAGGUGUGGAGAAGAAGGAGUCGACGCUCAAGACCAUGCUUUCGACGGUGCUGAAGGACAAGGACAAGAUCGAGGAUACCAUCACCGAGCUCGACCGGUACAAACGCGAUGCGCUUCAGAACACGUGGGAGAAGGUCAACACGGACUUUGGAUCGAUCUUCGGCGAGCUCUUGCCGGGCAACUAUGCGAAGCUCCAACCACCGGAGAACCAAGACUUGACACAGGGAUUGGAAGUCAAGGUUCGUCUUGGGACGGUAUGGAAGCAGAGCUUGACAGAGCUGUCCGGUGGACAGAGGAGUUUGAUCGCGCUCAGUCUGAUCAUGAGUCUGCUGCAGUUCAAGCCGGCUCCGAUGUACAUCUUGGACGAGAUCGAUGCGGCGUUGGAUCUGAGCCACACGCAACACAUCGGUCAGCUGUUCAGAAGCAGGUUCAGGGGCAGUCAGUUUAUCGUUGUCUCGUUGAAGGAAGGACUGUUUACGAAUGCGAACGUGCUGUUCAGAGCGAGGUUUAGGGAUGGCACUAGUUUGGUGGAGAGGACGGUGAAUGCGAACAGGACGACGGCGGGCGAGGUGGAGGCGGAUAAGGAGAAUGCGGGUGAGCGGGGUGCCAGGGGGAAGAAGGGCAAGGUGGGAGGAAGAGCGGUGGGAGCGGGAGGUAGGAUGGUUGCUGCGUGA